GUCGCUAUUUAGUCGGCUUUCGGUUCGUGCGCGGACAAUUUUAAAAUAAUUUUUUCAUUCUUCAAAAACUUAUUGUUAUGAUUAUUUUUCCAAUGUGUAACCGAACAUACUCUUCAAUGAAUGUUUUAUAUUACCUAAAUGCUUAACCGAACAUACAACCAUAAAAUUACAUGAAUAAAAUUCGUUUUCUUUUCGCAAAUCAGUGAAUAUCAUCGAAGUGGAUAGCACUUUUUUUUCGCUUUAUAUGAACGAAUUGUGUAAACUGUAAAACUGAAAUUGUGGAUCGAAAUUGAAAGUGCCUUUGUAUAGUGAUUACAUGACAAAAAAAAAAGUGUUUAUAACUCAAGUUUUGAUUGACACGAUGCAGUUCGAACCGUAUUACAUACGUUAAAAAUGCCAGUGAUACAAAAUCAAUAAUUAUAUUACCGUUUGGAAAACAAUUUAAUUAACUUGAGUCUUAGAACAAAAAUGGCAGCUCGCGCAACAAAUGCACUCGUCAAACGUGCCUCAUUUUCAUCGGCCGUUAACGUUCUACCAGCAGAGUUAAGUGAAAUCGAACCCGAUGUCAUCAACAAUAGAAUACACAUUGAACAUGAUUUUGCACCAAAACCAUAUAGCAGUAUUCCCGGUCCGAAAGAAUGGCCACUUAUUGGAAAUUCAUGGCGAUUUGCACCGAUUAUUGGACAAUAUCGGAUACAAGAUCUCGACAAAGUGAUGAACUCAUUGCAGAAACAGUAUGGAAAAAUUGCCAAAGUCGGUGGUCUGAUUGGACAUCCGGAUUUAUUGUUUGUAUUCGACGGUGACGAAAUACGCAAAGUUUUUAAGCGCGAGGAAGUCUUGCCACAUAGACCUUCAAUGCCGUCAUUACAUCACUACAAGUCACAUCUUCGCAAAGAAUUUUUCGGUGAUACGGCCGGCGUCAUUGGAGUACAUGGUGAAAAAUGGGAUACAUUUCGGGCUCAAGUUCAACAUGUUAUGUUACAGCCGUCAACAGCACGAAAGUACAUUGGACCGUUAAAUGAAAUUGCAAACGAUUUUAUGGACAGAGUACACGAAAUGCGAGAUGAAAACAACGAGUUACCAGGUGAUUUUCUGCACGAACUGUACAAAUGGGCGUUGGAGUCGGUUGGACGUGUGGCUUUGGACACGCGAUUGGGUUGUGUAAGCAGAGAAGGAAAUGACGAAUCGAAGCGUAUUAUUGAUGCAAUCAAUACGUUUUUCUGGACCGUUGCUGAAGUGGAAUUACGUAUGCCCGUAUGGAGAUUCUAUAAAACAAAAGCUUAUCGAAAUUACAUCGGAGCGCUGGACAGUUUUCGAGAACUCUGCAUGAAACACAUCGAUAUCGCAAUGGAGAACAUGAAAAGGGAUAAGGAGAAAUAUCGGGACGAAGAACACAUUUCAAUAAUUGAACGGAUUGUUGAUAAAACUGGUGAUCCGAAGAUAGCGGCUGUUUUAGCUUUGGACUUGUUCUUAGUUGGUGUUGACACGACAUCAGUAGCAGUUACGUCAACAAUCUAUCAAUUGAGUCAGAAUCCCGAAAAACAGGAAAUGCUCUUCAAAGAACUGCAAGGAAUUUUACCCGAUCAUAAUGCACCGAUUGAUACAAAAAUUUUGGAGAGGAUGCCGUUUCUGCGAGCAUGUAUUAAGGAGACCCUAAGAAUGUAUCCGGUUGUCAUCGGAAACGGAAGAAACCUUCAAUCGGAUGCUGUGAUAGGCGGAUACAACGUUCCUAAAGGCACUCAUGUCAUUUUUCCACACUUGGUUGUAUCGAAUUUGGAAGAGUAUUUUCCCGAGCCACAAAGAUUCUUGCCGGAACGAUGGAUUAAGCGAGGUGAAGUUGCUGAUGUAGCACUCUGUCCACAUGCUGGCCAAAAAAUCCAUCCGUUCGUGAGUCUACCAUUCGGUUAUGGCAGACGAAUGUGCAUUGGCCGUCGUUUCGCCGAAAAUGAACUUAACAUAAUCAUCGCAAAGCUUUUUAGAAAAUACCAAAUUGAGUACAACUAUGGGAAACUUACGUACAAAGUAAGUCCGACAUACAUACCGGAACAACCGCUAAAAUUUAAACUAACUGAACGACAGCAAUAAGCAUAUUUACGAUAAGGAAUGUGUAAUGAGUAUGCGUUCGUAAAAUUGUACGGUUUUACCUAUCAGAUAACCGAUACAAUGUAAAUAUUGUAUAGAAACCAAUUUAUAGGAAUAAUAAACGAAAAAAAAAAUGAA